AAAUAAACUUUGAGUUCUUGGAGAAAAAUUUAAUCAAUUAAAAUUAUAUAACUAAAUAAAUUCAUAAUGCGUUAUUAUUUAUCAAUAAUAUUCAACUUUGAUUAAAUGCUUCCAUUGGUAAAUUAUAUCCAAGUGUGUAGAUAUUUGAACUUUUCAUCAUGGAAAAGACUUGACAAUAAACUGAAAACCGCCCUUUCAAAGUUAUAUUGCACAACAUCGAAGCAUGACAAUGAACAAAACCCAGAUACACAUGGAACAAAAGAUGUAGUUUUAGAGGCUCCGGAAGAACCAAAUACUUGUUGCAUGUCUGGCUGCGCCAAUUGCGUUUGGCUGGAAUACGCUGAGAAACUGACUGAGUACUAUAAAGACGGAGGAGAAAAAUCAAUCAGGGAAAUAAAUGAGAAAAUUACAGAUUCAAAUAUUAAGGCUUAUUUGUUGCAUGAAUUGAGAAUGAGGAAUAAAUGAAUGCAGAAGAAAACGCCUACUAUAAAAAAAAAGGUAAAUGUUGCAACCAUGUCUGCGCUGUGAAGCUUAGGGUUGAACGAAGGUGCGCCUCAAGGAGCGGUACCGAAAGGGUAGGCAGACAGAAAAUGAGAGAAAAAAGGGAACAAGCUUGUCUUGUCCGCCAUUGUUCAUUAUUCAGUUUUUAUUUUGUAUUAAACUGAUUGUUCAAUCUAAUGGGUACAUUCAGGCGGUGCCAGCGGCUAAGUUCAGCCACUCAGCAGAGGGAAGUUAUUCUCGAAACAGGGGAGCAGCGCUCUCAUGAGAACCAAGGCUCUGUCUUCGUCGUCCGGUAUUCAUAUUUCCAUAACACUGACAAUGACAGAGCAAUCGUUAUCAUGAGAACACUGUUCCUCGGUUUCGAGAAUAAAGUUCUUGCUGAGUGGCUGAACUUCGUCGCUGGCACCGCCCGAAUGUACCCAAUUUGUGAUUAGCUUGUGUGUCAAGGAGCAUUCACAGGUCAGUUGAAUAUUUUUUUUCUCUAAACGUCAAAAAAACGUCACUUUGUCAACACCUGUCAAGGUGGUAGAAGAGUAUAUUGUUGUAUUAGGAGUAGAAGCUUUAAAAAAGUGCUUUUACUCCGUAUGCAACACGUUAUUUUUUCUUCAAACGAAUGAGGUAAGCUCAGGAGUAUGGGAGUAACUGAAUAGUUGAGCGGCAGUAAAAGUACGAGCGGCACUAAAAGUACUUUUACUGCCGCUGCGGAUCCCUAGCAGCAUAGAAAUUAAAUUUCUACCACCUUGACAGGUGUUAACCUGCUGGAUUUGCCUAGCAGCAUAGAAACUAAAUUUUUAACAUCUUGACAGAUGUUAACAAAGUGACGUUUUUUUUACGCUUGGAGAAAAAUUUAAUUUUUAUGCUGCUAGGCAACCGCAGUGGCAGUAAAAGUACUUUACCUACGAGCGUGCGGUAAAGUGCACUUUACCGCUAGUAUUUGCAAAUGGAAAGUUUCACUUUACCGCAUAGUGUGCAGUAAAGUUAACUUUACAGCAUAGUAUGCGGUAAAGUAGAAUACAAAGUGUGCGGUGAAGUAGAAUUUGAUAUUUAUAAUCAAAAAUCCUCUCUUUUUCAGAAAAUGGAUUUUUGAUCAUUUCUAAAUCUUAUCUAAUUUCAUUAAUUAAUCUCAUUCAUUAAUUAAUUUUAUCAAUGCCUUUUUUGGAGAUGUAGAUGCUCAGGUAAAAUUUUGUACCUAACACAUGCGGAAAGUGCCUUUGCCGCCCUUAACGGCUUGACCGAACUUCGCGUCGUUCGGUCGACUGCCGUUGCGUGCGGUAAAGUAUCACUUUCCGCAUUUGUUAGGUAAAUAACUAUUUUUUACAAACGUCACUAAAAGUGUCAUUUUUAACGGAUGCUGUCAGUGUCUAAAAUGCCAUUUUAUGACACUGGUGUUAAAAGUGAUUACUUUUAGCACUAGUGCUAAAAGUAAUCAUUUUUAGUGCGUUUGUAGAAAAAAUAGUGUAUGAUAUUCGUGCUAAAAGUGAUUUUAUUUUGUUCAAAGGGAUGUGUUUUGCGGGUAGCUAAUACGUAAUGUCUUAGCUGGUAGUAGUGUUCAAAGCCCGAUUCGGAUUCACCCCCCACUCCUCUGACGUCACAUGACCUUGACGCCACCCCCCACUCCUCUGACGUCACAUGACCUUGACACCACCCCCCACUCCUUUGACGUCACAUGACCUUGACACCACCCCCCACUUCUCUGACGUCACAUGACCUUGACACCACCCCCCACUCCUCUGACGUCACAUGACCUUGACCUUGGCCUUGAAAUGUGACCUUGAGCGCCUCCCACUUUUCUCUCCCUGACCUUGAAAUGUGACCUUGAGUACCCCCCACCACUUCUCCAACAUAUUCGACCUUGAAUAUUCAGGUGUUAGUACCUCCCACCAACCGUGAGAUGUAUAUAAAUUCUUUUCCGAUUGAGGAAAGUUGCCAUAGUCACACGCCAGCAUUGUUUGUAGUACGAUCUGUCACCUUCAAAGUCAACUAGAAAUAUUGUGUUUGUGAAGUAUUCCGAAAGUGAGUGUGUGUUCAAGGUAUCGUAAAAAUUGUUACAUUUUUCCUAAAUUAUGAGUAUUUCAAAAGAUACCUUGGUUGAAAUCAAUAAUAUGCUUAACAAAGAUGUUAAUUUUCUCGAAAGAAGAAAAAUUUCUUCAUUAAAGUUGGAUGAAGUUUACAUAAUUAGAAAACUGGUGCCCAUGGUAACACGGUUUGGUAAAACUAUUCUUGUUACAUUGUAUGAAAAAACCGGAGAUGUGGUUUUUGAAACAUUUUUGCCAAAACGUGUAGCGGAAAUGCUACCGGAGAACACCAUCGAAAUUAUGAAUUCUUCAUCUGACAAAUACACGCUGACAUAUUUGGGGCAAAGUUCGCAGUCAUAUGGGGGUAACACUAAGUCUCUUUUGAAUUUUGGGUGUUUGGAAUAGAUUUUAUAUUAUGGGGUGUACGAAAUAUUAUUAUUGAUUGUUUUUGAAAAAUGUAAUGAGUUUUAGGGUAUUGUAAUUUAUAUAUAUUAGAACACAUUCAUAUUUCAAAUAUUUCUAAAGAUGUGUGACAUCAGCAAUAACACACCAAGUGUUAAUGAAGAAUUGGAUUUCUACGUGAUCUGGCUGGCGCGCAAAUUGGGAGACAUGGCCCAAGAAAUAUUACAUUUUGAAUAUUUCAAUUCGGAUGUUCCUGCAAAUGGUCAAAACGAUUCAAAAUAUGUUCAAGACGCCAUCAACUUUAAUGUCGGAGCAAACUUAUGCCGAAGAUACUUAUAUGGUUCCUUCGGUCUUGACGAAUUCUGUAGCCGAAUGAUCGAGGAAGACCUGAAAACAUUCCUUAUCGAAAUACCACAUAUGCCAAGUGAAUUGGUAACAAAAUAUGGGUUGGUGCAGGAAAGUGGUCUAACUCAAAAAGAAGAA